AUGGUCAACCAAAUUUCAAUGGGUCGCGGUGCUGGGCGUAGAUUCAAUACGUCUAAGAUACCUGGUGGUGGCUGUGGCAAAGCUGAUAGUGGAGUCGUGAGGACCAUUCUACGAGGAAAACAACGUGGAGGUAUUUCUAAAUCAGCAAGAUUAGCCGCUAAAAACGAGACGCAUAUAAAUGCUGUGCCUUCAGAAUAUGUCGCAACCAUUCCUACUAAACUAUUGGUCUCAAAUUUAGACAUUCGAGUCUCAUGUUUCGACAUUCAGGAGCUGUUUUCAGAAUUUGGCACUAUUAUGGGAAUAAAGUUGAAUGAUGACACUACUCAAAGGUCCACAAGAACCGCUGAAAUAACUUUUGAAAGGCAUGCCGAUGCAUUGAAGGCUUAUGACGAAUAUAAUGGGAGAACAUUAGAUGAGAGACCAAUGGAAAUAAGUUUUGAGAAUCCCAACAUUCAGACCGAAGAAACAAAUGAUGAAAACGAAUGUGGCGGCGGCGAACCAGCUGGGGAAGAUAUAUCAAUAGUAGAUGUGUGCAAAUUGCAUAUCUUAAAUUUGGAUAACAAAGUCACCGAUUCUGACAUAAAAGAGUUAUUUUCAGAAUUUAACAGUUUCAUAAGUGCAGCGGUUAAUUACGAUGAAACUGGAAGAUCCUUAGGCACUGCAGAAGUUGUUUACCAAAUGAAAGCAGAGGCAUUAAAAGCUUACGACGAGUAUCACGGUAGGACAUUGGACGGAAGAACGAUGUUCAUUGAAAUUAGUGAAAUGACCAAUUUUGAUCUUGGGAAAAGCCGCGGUUACAAUGGUGGCGGUUUCGAUCUUCACAAGUUAUAUACAGUUAUCGCCUCGGGCGAAAAAUAA